AUGAAGGCUAAUGGUCUUAAGAUCUCAGACAUGGCAUUGGGUAUGAAUUGUACACUAAUGGUAAUAUAUAUUAUGGGGAAUAUGUACGAGGGAAAGCAGAAGGAAAAGGAACAUACAUUUGGAGUAAUGGAGAAACCUAUGAAGGUGAAUGGCUUCAUGGGAGAAAGCAUGGAUAUAUAUGUUGGCUAGUGGAGAAAUGGUGAAACAAGUGGUUACGGAGUCUAUACUGCUAAUUCAGGUCAAAAAUAUGAAGGAACUUGGAAGCAUUCUUGUAAACAUGGUAAGGGAACAGAAACCUUUCCUAAUGGAGAUGUUUAUGUGGGAAAUUAUAAAGGUGGAUAUCCUUAAGGAUAAGGUAAAAUGAUGCAUAAAGAUGGUUCGAUAUAUGAAGGCAAUUUCGAUAGAGGUGUAAAACUAGGCAAGGGGAGAUGGUACAAAACUGUUAAGAAAGAUGACUACAUUUAGAAAAAGAAAAUUAAAAUAGACUAUGUAUAUAUUGGAGAUUUCUAAAAUAACAAGAAGAAUGGCUAUGGAGUUUUCACUUGGGGAUAAAUAAGCACCUAUGAGGGUUAAUUUUCAAAUGAUCACAGGCAUGGAUUUGGGGUUUGUUAAUGGUACGAUGGCUCAAAAUAUGAGGGUGAGUGGAGACAAGGCGUGCAAUAUGGCAAAGGUAAACUAACUAUGAAAGAUGGCACUGUCAAGCAGGGUAUAUUCUAGAACAAUACUCUUAUGCAUGAAAUCAAGAGUGAAGAAGAUACCCUUAAAGACAGCCUUCAAAAAUCAAUCAAUAGAUUCCUUACUCUUAGAAGCGAUUUUUCAAUAGCAAAAACUUUGAAGAGAUCUGCUCUCUCUUCUCAGCGAAAAAAGAGAAGAGAGGACAAAUUUAACAUGAGUUCUAAUAGAGAUACGAUACUUAACAUCAAGAGUGUCUAGGAAAGUGAUUACAAAAGAAUGAAGAGUGAAUAAUCUUCGCCAUAACUAAAGGAAAGAUUUAGAAAAAAUAGAAAGUCGUAGUCAUUAUUAUCUAAUCCUGAUUCAUCAUAUCGACUCAAUUGA